AUGAACACUCAGUUUCUGACAUUCCCAUUCCCCUUGUGUAUAAUGCAGAUUCAAUAUCUUGUUUCUCAUUGGGGUACAGACAAAAACUCUCUGGGCUCAUACAUCUAUGAUACUGUAGGGAAGCCUCACGAUCUGUAUGAGAUGCUAAGGGUUCUUGUAGACAACCUUUUUUUUUUUGCUGGGGAAGCUACAAGUAUGGAAUACCCUAGGUUUGUCCAUGGUGCAUACUCCACUGGAUUAAUGGCCGCUGAAGACUGCACAAUGCGUGUUUUGGAGCGGUAUGGAGAGUUGGAUUUGUUCCAGCCAGUCAUAGGUGAAGAGAAUCCUUUCUCUGUUCCUCUAUUGAUAUCCCGAAUGUAA